AUGACGUAUGAUCUCGCCAGUGCGGUGGUGAGAAUUUUUAAUCUCAUCGGCAUGAUGCUGCUCCUCUGCCACUGGGAUGGUUGUCUUCAGUUUUUAGUUCCACUGCUGCAGGACUUCCCACCAGACUGCUGGGUGUCUCUAAAUGAAAUGGUUAAUGAUUCUUGGGGAAAGCAGUAUUCAUACGCACUCUUCAAAGCCAUGAGUCACAUGCUGUGCAUCGGGUAUGGAGCCCAGGCCCCGGUCAGCAUGUCAGACCUCUGGAUCACUAUGCUGAGCAUGAUUGUCGGGGCCACUUGCUACGCCAUGUUUGUCGGCCAUGCCACGGCAUUAAUACAGUCUUUGGAUUCUUCAAGGCGGCAAUAUCAAGAAAAGUAUAAGCAAGUGGAACAAUACAUGUCAUUCCAUAAGUUACCAGCUGAUAUGCGUCAGAAAAUACAUGAUUACUAUGAGCACAGAUAUCAAGGCAAAAUCUUCGAUGAGGAAAAUAUUCUCAAUGAACUCAAUGAUCCUCUGAGAGAGGUAAGAUUUAUAUAUUCCUCAGUCUUCAUG